AUGGAGAUACAUGUGGCCAUGUCCUUCAUGGUGCUGUUCAUGGCUGCGAGACUGACUUCUGAUAACAUAGGGAGAGGAUCUGCCCACCCCACCACCACUCUACCACCUCCACUACCCACCCCACCACCACUCUACCACCUCCACUACCCACCCCACCACCACUCUACCACCUCCAGCUACCCACCCCACCACUCUACCACCUCCACUACCCAACCCACCACCACUCUACCACCUCCACUACCCACCCCACCACCACUCUACCACCUCCACUACCCACUUCACCACCACUCUACCACCUCCACUACCUACCCCACCACCACUCUACCACCUCCACUACCCACCCCACCACCACUCUACCACCUCCACUACCCAACCCACCACCACUCUACCACCUCCAGCAACCCACCCCACCACCACUCUACCACCUCCACUACCCACCCCACCACUCUACCACCUCCACUACCCACCCCACCACCACUCUACCACCUCCAGCUACCCACCCCACCACCACUCUACCACCUCCAGCAACCCACCCCACCACCACUCUACCACCUCCACUACCCACCCCACCACCACUCUACCACCUCCACUACCCACCCCACCACCACUCUAUCACCUCCACUACCCACCUCACCACCACUCUACCACCUCCACUACCUACCCCACCACCACUCUACCACCUCCACUACCCACCCCACCACCACUCUACCACCUCCACUACCCACCCCACCACCACUCUACCACCUCCACUACCCACCCCACCACCACUCUACCACCUCCAGCAACCCACCCCACCACCACUCUACCACCUCCAGCAACCCACCCCACCACCACUCUACCACCUCCAGCAACCCACCCCACCACCACUCUACCACCUCCACUACCCACCCCACCACCACUCUACCACCUCCACUACCCAACCCACCACCACUCUACCACCUCCAGCUACCCACCCCACCACUCUACCACCUCCACUACCCACCCCACCACCACUCUACCACCUCCACUACCCAACCCACCACCACUCUACCACCUCCACUACCCACCCCACCACUCUACCACCUCCACUACCCACCCCACCACCACUCUACCACCUCCACUACCCAACCCACCACCACUCUACCACCUCCAGCUACCCACCCCACCACUCUACCACCUCCACUACCCAACCCACCACCACUCUACCACCUCCACUACCCACCCCACCACCACUCUACCACCUCCACUACCCAACCCACCACCACUCUACCACCUCCAGCAACCCACCCCACCACCACUCUACCACCUCCACUACCCACCCCACCACUCUACCACCUCCACUACCCACCCCACCACCACUCUACCACCUCCAGCUACCCAGGGCACCCCAGACACCCCACACUCCGAGGCCACUCCAGACACCACGGAAACCCCAGACACCCCACCUGA